CAUUUCUCAAGAUUCGGUAUGUCCAUCUUUAGUAUAAAGCCACUCUUCGCUGUUUACGGUUGUGCUUCGUUUAGUCUGUCGGUUGUGGAAACAAUGAGAUGAGACGACAUACGGUGCCAGCAAUUAUGGGUGUCAUUUUUCUUUUAGGUUUAUAAUAGGUUCUGGAUGUGAUCAAAAUGGUGGAAGUAUGUUGAAAAAUGAAGACGGAAUAAACAGCUAUAAACUACUUUACUAUAAGCGAUAUGUCACUGGUAUAACCAGGACAACGGUGUCACCUCACCAACGAAAUAGUAACAAAAGUGAAAAUAAAAACGUGAGAUUAACUGCAAAGCGAAUUUUACUCCAAGAAUCUCCGAGAUGCUGCGGCGUAUCCCUUAGUGUCAAUCAUUUGCUGCCGUCCAAUCGGGAAGCGUACGGGGGCCGGCCUAGAAAUAAAGAAAUAGGCUUUACAGCAGUUUACCGAGGAUGCGAAGGUUUGGUGUUAUUUUCGCCUUUCUGACACACUGGUGACUUAACGGAGUAAAACACUUGGAGUAUGCAAAGCAAAGACUAAGAAGAACAUCGCCCAUUGUUAAGAUCCGCCGAGGCUGGAACGGAGAUGCUAACCUGAAACAACGGGUCACACGAUGUACCUGACCAGGAAUGAAUGACUUUGGAAGCUGUGCCAGAUUGAAGAGCAGCCUCAGAAAGGGUCUUAGGCAUAUGGCAACCUGAUAGAAGUAUCAAAAGUAGAGCUGUGGUCUUCACACAGUUUGAGCACUCUACCAAGAACCACAGUUAAGUCCUGCUCCCUGUGAGAACUUUAUUGCUGAGCAGAUCUGUUUUAAUCUUACUGGAAGCAGUCCUGACAUUUUUGUUAGCAUGCUGGCACGAAAAGGCUUGUUGCCUGAAGAAUUCCUGUUAACACGACUAGUAGAGGAGAAUUGUGUUCAGUCCCGGUAUAGGCCUAAGGCACAGAGAGCUCGCUUUAUUACAAAAAAUGGAUCAUGCAAUGUUGCCCACAAGAACAUCCGGGAACAGGGACGAUUUUUGCAAGAUGUUUUUACCACUAUGGUGGAUUUGAAAUGGCAGCAUUCCCUUCUUAUUUUCACUUCAGCCUUCCUCUUCUCUUGGAUGCUUUUUGCUAUGGUGUGGUGGCUUAUUGCUUUUGGCCAUGGAGAUCUGGAAUCUCCUGUAGUUGAGACGUCAAGGAUGACUCCACCCUGUGUGACUUCUAUUCACUCGUUUACCUCAGCGUUCUUGUUUUCCAUUGAAGUGCAGGUGACAAUUGGUUUUGGAGGAAGGAUGGUUACAGAGGAGUGUCCCCUAGCAAUUACAGUUCUCAUCAUUCAGAAUAUUGCAGGCCUUCUUAUUAAUGCUGUCAUGUUGGGAUGCAUUUUCAUGAAGACCGCACAGGCCAAUCGGCGAGCUGAAACUCUAAUAUUUAGCAAAAAUGCUGUGAUUGCUCCACGAAAUGGUCGACUUUCUCUCAUGUUCCGUGUUGGGGAUCUGCGGAAAAGUAUGAUCAUUUCUGCUACUAUCCAAAUGCAGGUGAUCCGCAAGUCAGUGACAGCUGAAGGUGAAGUAAUUCCCGUUUCUCAGUUGGAUAUACAGAUUGAAAACCCAGUGCACACAAAUGCCAUUUUCCUAGUAUCUCCGCUGAUAAUCUGUCACAACAUCGACCGCAGCAGCCCUCUUUACGAUGUGUCGGCACAGACGCUGCUCUCUGAAGACAUUGAAAUUGUGGUUAUACUGGAAGGUGUUGUAGAAACUACAGGCAUCACUACACAAGCACGAACAUCAUAUGUUCCGGAGGAGAUCAUGUGGGGACACCGUUUUGUUUCUAUUAUCUCAGAGGAGGAAGGCCUUUAUUCUGUUGAUUAUUCAAAAUUUGGCAACACUGUUAAAGUACGGUGCUCCACUCUUAGUGCCCGUGAACAAGAGCAAGAGCGAGGACUAAGAAGCCAGGGAACAACAAGGUCAGGAGAUCAAGGUCCAAGUCCUCAAAGAGAGUGGGGCAUGAAAAGGGCUGGCAGGGGAGGGGCCCGAAGGGGUUUGUCUGCAGUAAACUGGGAGUGCUACACCCCAGCAGUCACCAAAUGUGAAGAGGAACCUGGCCUGGAAACACAGGAGGUGAAAGAAGUACAUUUUGUAAAAGGUGAGACAGAGUUACAAGACUGAGGAGGAGAGUAAAAAAUGGAGUUUGAAGACUUUGAAGAGAAAAGUUAAAGAGUGUGAGGUCAUUUCAUUUGGAAUAGCUUGUUCCACAAAUGGUAAUGUUUCAUACCAGAACUACUAAAUCUGUAGGAUCAUGGAAACACUAUAGAGCAGGGGUGCCCAAUACGUCAAUAGCGAUCGACCGGUAGAUCGGAAAGCUAGUGCA